CUCACCUUAAACCUUUCAUCCCUCCACCUAAAGAUAACUCUUCUUCAUACACGUCAACCCUGACAGGACUGUGCUCUAUUAAGCUCCGGAGGACAUUGAGACCAUCCACCUUCUCCCCAAUUCCAGAACAUGAGACUCCACUCGGGCAGCUGAGCUCGACCUCAUUGGAUUAGACAUGGGUUUAUUGUCCUACCCCUGCUGUUCUUCAUUUCCAUCCAGAGCAGUCCUUACAUCUGGAGAUUCGAGGUUCAAGAAACCCCCACAGAUAACAAACAGUCUUUCCAAAUAGGGUCGGGAAACUGCUCCAUAGCCGGAUAUCAGGAACUGAUCCAAAUCGCGAUCAUCCCUGUAUCUGUUAUCCCAUCUAAGUAUUAUGAUCUCUAUACUUGCUUUCUCUUUGACCAGACAGAAGAUUACUGUAAAAAAAUGGCCAGAGGAAUAUGGGGGCUGCCCAUAUUGGUCUUGUCAGAUACAUAUGCUAGGAUCACGGGUCAAUCAUUUCUUCUAUCAACACUGCAAGACACUUCUACAUACAAGACCCGUGGGAUUCCAGGUGGGAAACAGGAGUUGUUGGUAAGCUCUAUCGUAAAAACCAGCCCAGUUCCCCAAUAAGUACCAUCCAUAUUCAGAGAAAGUAUAUCUCAAUCGCCCAACCCCUAGAUAUUGGAAAAGUGGGGGAGAUAAUUAAACACUCCUCUAAGGUCCUUGAUUCUUUGACAGCACCCCUCAUAAAUGGCACUAACUUGUCAUUUCACCUGUUGCUUCAAACCUUGACCUCAGCGUACCAGCUCCUUAAUGUCACCAGGCCUGGUCACUUUAAAGAUUGUUGGUUAUGUGUACCUCCAGGGAUUGACCCAAAACUGUCACUUACAGCUUCUCCGGUGAUACUGCCAAAUAACCUUACCUCACCUUUUGCUAGCUGUCCUGACUCCGAUGUCACCAUGGCUCUGUACCUUACCUCUGUCCCUCUCUUUGGCAUGGCAAACUGUUUUAAGACCUCUGGGACACGUUCUGUAGGAACAUUAAGCUCCCUAGACUGUAAUAAAACCAUAAGCCUUGAUAUAUCAUCUCUGCCACAAUGCCCUGCAAUCCAAAACACGUCAAUUCUUUGUGGCACUCAGGUAUAUCAUCGCCUACCUGCCAGCUGGUCAGGAGUUUGCACGUUGGUACUCCUUUUCCCUGAGGUGGGAGUGAUCUAGGGAAAUGAGCCCCUGCCAAUCCCAGUUAUAAAUAUGAUAGCUGCUCGACGCGAGAGAGCAGUUCAGAUCGUGCCUCUUUUGGUAGCUACAGGAAUAGCCAUAGGUGUUGGUACAGGUGUGGCAGAGAUAACUGCUUCUCUGGCCCAAUACAAUACAUUUACUUCUCAGUUUAAAAGUGACCGUCAGGGAAUGACUGAAACUGUGCUUACUAUCCAGAAGCAGAUAGAUUCUUUGGCAGCCGUGGUGCUUCAGAACCGACGGGGCCUAGAUGUUUUAACAGCUAAGGAAGGUGGUCUUUGCCUGUUCCUCCAAGAAGAAUGCUGUUUCUAUGUCAACCAAUCCGGGAUAGUGAGAAACAAAAUCCAGGAACUUCAGACAGACAUAAAGAACUUCAGAGAUCGUGAGACCUCCAGCUCUGACAUUUUCGAAAACCCUAUAUGGAAAUGGAUACUCCCUCUUCUUCUGUUACAGAAUUCCCAGCCGCAGCCCAUGGAAGAGCCCCCGUCCCCAGAUGUAGCUGAUGCCAACAUGCACCAGGUGGACCCCGAUGAUGAAAGUCAGCUACACCCCAAAAUUGACAACACCCCUAGACAGCAGGAAGUAGUUUAAGAGACACGGCGCCCUCACUCCUUUUCAUCAUCGGGUCCCCCCUCCCUUUUCUUUUUCUUUUUUUUUUUAAUAAAAGAAAUGCAGGAAUGUAGGUACCCGAGGCCUGCAAAGCUUGUGACGCCAUACAAGCAAUGUAUAGGUCUGUUGCCAAGGCAACAGCUGCCGUUUACCCAGAAUUCCAUAGCCCACCUUUACCUGUAAUUAUGUCACCCCCGGUAUAUAACCGGGCAGCGCUCCUUUCCUCUCUCUCUCUUUCUCUUUUCUCCUUCCUUCCCGCCCGCUACCCCUUCCCUAUCUUAAAUAAAGUCCCACGUGGAACUAUCUGGUGUAGCGUGUC